AUGCUUUUCAGAUACGCAGCCAUAGUCGCCAUCAGUAUUAUGGACGAUGAAGAUGGAGAAGCGUCUAACAACGAUUCCUGGACUCCGGAGCAGUUGUCGUACAAAGAAACCCAAUUGCCGGAAGAAUUGAGCCGUCUUAACCCCGAAAAUGAGUGUGAACAUUUUGAGGAUCGUAAAAUUCCUCACGGGAAUAAAAAUAAUUAUUUUCCCGACAAUGAAUCUCGUAAUAAAGUGAGUAAAAGCAAAGAUGUUACCGAGUAUGCUCAGUGUUUGGGUUUGCAGCCAGCAGGUAAAUAUAAGUGUGCUAAGUGCCGUCCCACGGUGACAUUUUAUUCAUUAUCAAUGCUCAAACAACAUCAAUUUAUCUGUCAAGCAGCUAAUUCUACGCCUGGACCCUCCAACCAUCAGCACGUAUCAUCAAACCGGUAUUCUAAAAAUAAUUUUCGUAUUACAAGAAAAGUUUACUUGUGCUCCGCCUGUGGGACUUACUUUGAAAAUUGGAAUCUCUUUUUGCAUAUGCGUGAAAUUCAUAAAAGACACAUUUGUUUAUUUUGUUUGGGUAUGUUCGGCCAAGCCGAGAGACUUUCUAAUCAUUUAAUUAAAAAGCACAGUGUACAGGUGGAAAAUUUUAAUAAUAUUAAUAAUUUUUAUGAUAUAUUUAAGGGCUCUUGUUAUUUACUUUGCUGUGAUUGUGAAAAAGUUUUUUCCGAGACUGAUAAUUUUUCCGAGCAUAAUUGUCUUAGUGUUAUUAAAGAGAUACAGAGUGUUGUUGAGGAGCCUCAACCAGUUAAUUUAAAUCAUCAGAAUGUUAGUCAACCCCAAGAGCAGCAACAACCUCAACCUCAAUCUCAACCUCAACCUCAACCAACAAUAAUAAAUGACCAAGUUAAUUUAACACCUAAGCUUGGAUCCAACCAAGAUAGGCACGAAAGGAUCAAUAAUAAGCGAACACUGCUGCCCAAUCCUGCUAAUAAGGUAGCCAAGAAGCUGCUUUCUGAAAAGGCCAAGCUAAAAAAUGAUUUUUAUCAGAGCAAACUGGCGAAUUUGUACUCUAGAAAGCGGAGAUGCGAGGAAGAGGUUGAAGAAGCUGAAGAGCAGGAGGAUAUUGAAGGUGAUUAUAGUGUUAAUAAUUAUUACAAAAAUGCAGAAAGCGACAAGACUAGGAUCACUGAGGUGGACAUCACAAACUCCCCGGAGAAGAGCGAUAGGUAUACGGACACUAUAAUGCAGGUCUCGAGGUGCAGCGAUGACUGGGACUCUGAUGACAAAGAGGACAAUGCUAAUAGCUUGGAUGAAAUGGAACAGGGUGAGCUGAUUCUUGAUGACGGCAAGGAAGACUCUGUGGAGAGUUUUCCUAGUCCUAUUCGGGAGGUCUCUCCUAUUUUCCAGGAGCAGGAGCAGGAGCAGGAGCAGGAGCAGGAGCAGGAGCAGGAAGAGACAGAGAAGAGAGAGAUAGAAAAGGGAGAGACCACCACUGAAACCUCGGCUACGACUGAGGAGUCUCCUGUUAAAGAGCCUGCUGCUACCUGCACAAGGGUUAACUCAAGAAGUCUGGUGAUUAAAAUUUGCACUAAUAAAAAUUCACAGUUUUCUAUCGCGACGCCUAAUUCCAAUGGGACUUACACAGAGUCUGGUGAUGAGGCCAAAGAAUCUGAUAAGGAAAAUGAUAGCGAUAGUGCUAGUGAUUCUGAUACUGGAAAGCUUACUGUUGCUCUUCCAGAGUUGCAGAAAGAGGAGCCAGAAUUAGAGACCAAAGAGACUGAUGCUCCUGUUGCUCUUGAUGCUUCUGAGGACCCAUCAAAAAUUUUGAAUGAAAGCCAGGAAAAAAAUGUGAAUGAAAAUCCACAAAAUCAAGACCAGAUUGAUAUUGGGGAGAACCAAUUGGUUCCAGAUGACGGAAUUCUGCUGGCUAGCAGCGACGCUCCAAGCAUAGAUUUGAACGUAGUGGGUCUUCUAGAGAGCAUGGAGAUAGACGAGCUUUUAAAGUUGUGCAUAGAAGCUGCAAGUCCCACCUGCGUGUACUGUAACCACGCGAGGCACAUUGCGAUAAACGGAAAGCAAUUGGCGCUGCACAUGCUAGCUGAGCACAAAUUUCAGCCUCAGCACCCGGCUAUCAUAAUCCAGCGGGAGCAAUUUAUAAAUCGGGUUAAAAAGUCUUUGAAUGAGCUGGAAGCUUUUUACUUUAAUUUUGAUAGCUACGACAGCAAAAGAGGAACAUACGCAUUUCCUGAAGUUAGAACUUACGAGUGUUACCUCUGCAGGAUUUACUUUACAAUUCACAAAGACUUGUACCUGCACAACAGAAAGUCCCACCAGAAGACAAUUCUGGUGUGUAUUAUGUGCAAGUCUUCUUUUUUUAACCACAGUGAAUUGCUAUGUCAUCUCUGUCCGGGAGUCUAUGCCGCUGGAGGGACUCUUAGGUACCGCUGCUGCAUGUGCAGCAUCGAGAGUCUUCCUUCUUCCUUCAGGUUAAUGGUGCACCUACGCAAAAGGCAUGAUACCUGUGAUGUGUGUCUUGAAUCCACGGGGAACCAGCAGAAGCUUUCUAACCACGUUUGGAAGCACAAGCUUCAUCAUUUGUGCUACAGAUGUGGGAUUGCUUACCGGAACAAGCCGGAUAUUACCAAGCACCUUUUUUGGAAGCACGGAACUGAAAGUGUGGUUUGCAAAAAGUGCCUGCAGAAAAAGUGGCCGCAUGUUUACCACUUUUGCAUCCCGCCGAGUGAGUUUGGGUGUGAGGAGUGCGGUGCUAAUUUUACCAGAGCUGUGGCGUUGAAGGUUCAUAAGAGGUUGCACACCGGGGAGACUCCUUAUGGGUGCAAUGAGUGCUCUGAUAAGUUUAUCUCCAAGAAACUGGCUGGUAAACAUGAGGAGAGCCAUAAGCAGCCGGAAAUUCCUCCCGCGCCUGAUCCUGAGCUGGAGAAAGAGAAGGUUGAGUCUAAGGAGCCUGAGGAUGUUCAGGAGGUCAAGGAGCAACCUGUUAGGAAGGUUGUUGAUGUCUAUGAUCUUCCUCCGCUUAAUUUGUCCUCUGAUAGUGAUUCUUCAGAGGAUGAAAGAGUUGUGAGCAAGGACAAGAGCAAGGAGGAGGAGGAUUUGGAGAAGGUUGAUGAGGAAAAUAAGGAAAUUGAUGAAGCUAGGAUUGAAAUCAAUGAAGUUCCGGAGGAGAUUCAGUUUCCUGAAGCCAAUGAUGAUGAUGAUGAUGAUGAUGAUGAUGAUGAUGAUGAUGAUGAAGUCAAUAAGCAGGAGGUGGUGAUCAUGAACGGAAUUUGGGACAAUUUUAAGACUUAUGCUGCUAGCUUGGGGAGUGAUUUGGCUCCUGAGGUUGAAUUGAAGGCUAGCAAUGAUGAAAUUUUGAAGAAUAUUGCUGCUGAACAUGAUUACUGGGUGGUCUAUGAGCCUCCUAAGGAGAAGGUUCAGGAGGAGGUUCAGGAGGAAGUCUUGGAGGAUAAGAAAAAGAAGUCUCCUAAGAAGAAGAAAUCAGGGAGUGAUUCUUCCAGUGAUUCUUCUAGUGACAGUGACUCUAGUAGUUGUUCUUGCGGAACCAAUUGCAGCUGCAGCAGCUCUUCUUCUGGAAGUUCCUCGUCUUCUAGCAGCAGUUCCGACUCGGACAGCUCGACGGAGUCUCAUAAGCAGGCGAGGAAGGACAAGAGGAAGGAACGGGAUAAGCGCAAGAAAGAAGAUCAGGUUCCUGAGCGGGAGAAUGGAAUUCCAAUUGAGGAAAGUGAGGAGAAUCUUGGAGUUAAUCUAGAAGUUCAGGAACCGCCGAGAGAGGCGCUGCCGGUUAGAGAGUCAGAUCUAGAGACCACUGAGACGGAGACUGAUGAGGAUUUCUAUGAUGAGAACCCUCAAUUGCACGCCAGUAGGCUAGCUGAGCGAAAGAGCCAGUCGGUAAUGCAGGAAGCGACAACAGAUGGCGCUGAGAUUAAGAAUGGAGCUAUUGAGCCGGUGAAUGAGGCUAAUUCUCUGCCGGUAAAGUCGAAGCAGAGCUUGAAGAGGAAGAUCAAGACUAAGAGGAGGAAGAAAUUGGAGACUAGGGAAGCUAGGGAGAGUGUUAGAGGCCGUGGGAGGGGAAGACCUCCUGGGUCUACUAAGGGAAGUCUUAAAUUGAACAUUCCAAAGAAUAUUCUGUUCCAAAAGAAGAACCCCUCGCCACCUACGUUCAAUACUAUUGACGAGUUUAUGUACACUAAUUACCAAGUCACCGAUUCUACUUUUAAUUCCAGCGCCAUGUCUGCCACCAGCGAGAAUGAAGCUUCGGCUAAUGACAGCAAGAGAUCUUCUAAAAGAAAGAGGAUUCCCAAGAAGUUCUACGGGGAUUCCAGCGAUGAGGAACAUCAACGCAACGCCACCAAGUGGCAGAGACCUAAUACUACAGUUCCUUAUGUUCCUAGCAUCACUAUCAAGCAGAACUUUGGCCCUCCGCCGGUUAAUAAGGUCUAUUCUCAGGAACCUCCGCUGCAGCCAGCUGUUAUUAGCCAACCUGUGGAGACUCCAGCGCCGGUUUCUGUUCACGCGGCGGUUAAUGUUAAUGUUACUACUGACUCGGAACCUAAUGACUCGAGCAGUAAUUCCAGUUCUGAGGAAGAGACUAGUACUAAUACAAGAGCUACUCAUCCGCCGAUUAAUAAUUCAGGAGCUACGGGGUCCAGCAAUGUCUACUGCUACUGUCGGUGUCCUUAUGACGAGGUCUCGGAGAUGAUUGCCUGCGACGGGAAAAAUUGUCGCAUUGAAUGGUUUCAUUUUGAGUGUGUGGGAAUUAUGGUUCCUCCCAAGGGCAAGUGGUACUGUCCAGAUUGUCUUAAAAGAGACGGCUUGGCUGAGCAUCAGCUUGAUCAAUAAUUUUUCUUGUAA